ACUACUCCACUCAUGCCCGGCUCUCACUCCCUGAAUACAGACUUUCCGUGAUACUAGGAAUGGCCGUUUUUCUGAACGACUAUACGUGAUAAAUGAACACAGAAGAAAGAAAAGAAGACAAUAGGAACUAAUGGACAAUGGCAAUAGUUGACAAGAAGUUCAACUGAGUUCUGCAUUUAAAAUAAGCCUAUUUUACAAUUGUCUCAUAGAAACAUUGUAGGCAUUGCUGUAGAAAUAUACUACGUUUUUUUUAAAAAGAAGGCAAACUUGCGAACAGUCCUAUUUUGCCAAACACCUGUCAUGAUUUCGGCGAAUUGAGGUGUUAGACAAACGGGACAUACCCAGCGCGCAUUCCCUCAAAUUUUGGCUACAUGAUACCAUUUUUGCAGAGCAAACCCAUUCCCAUCCGCCAGCAUUCUAACCGAUGUGCCCGGCGUGCUCUGCUGAUGCUCGCAGGAAUUAUCGCAGGAGUUGUUGCCGUCCUCCAAAUCCUUCUCCAACGAACGGAUUACAGACAGUACCAGCUAGAGAUCGUCGGUAACGGUGCCUGACUUUCCCUGGCAGGGUAGCUGCGCGGGACGAGAGAUGAGUUCCCUCCUCUCUACGCUAGUCAUGUUAUCUGUCCAGGCUUUACUGGUGGUCUGCAGCCCCCUGCAGGUCUUAGCUGAUGACCAUGUUAAUUUCAGUGUAUACGUGGAGAAUCAGACACGGGUUCGAGACGCCAUGAGCCGCCGGCAGCACAGAGUCUACCAGCUGUACAGCAGGACAAGCAGCAAACACGUGCAGGUGAUGGGGAGGAGAAUCAGUGCCAAGGGAGACGAUGGGGAUACAUAUGCCCAGCUUGUUGUGGAGGCUGAUACCUUUGGAAGUCAGGUGAGAAUCCGUGGUAAAGAGACCAACUUCUACCUGUGCAUGAACCGUCGAGGCAAGCUUGUGGGGAAGAAGGCUAGUAAUCGCAGUGCAGACUGUGUCUUCAUUGAGAUGGUGUUGGAGAACCACUACACAGCUCUGAUGUCAGCACGCUAUCCAGGCUGGUACGUGGGCUUCAGCAAGAGGGGGCGCCCCAGGAGAGGCCCUCAGACACUGCCCAACCAGCAGGAUGUUCACUUCAUGAAGCGCCUGCCCCCCGGGGAACAGCCCGACCUGCAGCCCUUCCGCUUUACCACGGUCAGCAAGAGGAGUAAGAAAGUGAGAGGGACCCGACCCACAGCUACUACAGCACCUACAUAGUCAAUGCCACAACACAUACCAAAAUGACUCGACAACUGUCCUUCCCCCAGUGAAUUGAAUGUAAGGAGUUAGCUGGGCUGAGCCCAGGUAACGACCUAACUGAGUGGUGCAUACUACAGUAUGUGCAUCAAAAGACUUGGAGCUAAACAAUCUGACCACAUCAGGGAAGAUGUUGUCCUUGCCCUUUUCCUCCCCAUUCCAGAGACAGUGUUGUCUCAAAGACUGUUGAAUUACAAUGUACAGUGCCAACCAGUCUAGUUAGUCCACAGAAGACAGCUUUACUCAGUGUUUGCUCCCAGAGGCACUAAAGUUGCUCUACCAAAGACUACUGAACCAUAGCGUUCAAUACCAAAUAUUCAUGUUUUCAACAUCCCAAAGACAACUGGUCAACUGUUCAGUACCAAACACCCAAACCAACAAAGGCGACUGGACUGUAACGUGUACCCUACAGAGGGACAGUCAUGGUUUCUCAAUACAUUAUUUCUAUGUUUGUCUUCAUAUGACUUAGGAGCUACUGUUCCUGCCUAUUCACUCAAUACAGAAAGCUGCUGUAACAUAGUUAGUACAAUAUCUUAAGUUUGUCUCAUAUGAAAAUAUUUAAGGAGAAAUUGAGAAGUUAUAUGCAUUUUAUUAACAUUGUUAUUAUUAAAAUUAUUUAUUUAACUUGUUGGUAUGAUAGCUGUUUUAGACCAAUGGUAUUGCCUAAUUGAAUACAAACAUAUGGUCCUAAAUGUUACUGGUAUGCUAUAUUGUGUGAUACACAUUAUCAAUAUGCUAAUCAACAAAUGUUUUUCCAUGUUUGUGGCCAUACAGGAAAAGACUCAACCAUGACAUUGUAGACACCAUGCUCUGAGUCGUUGCUGUUCCAUAAAAAAGUACAAGUGCCAUCUGGUGGUCACUGGAAAUGGGAGCAUCUGCACAGAACCUGCCAAACCACAGUCAACUGAUUUAUCCCUUGGAAAACAAGCUGAGCCUAUUGUGACCUUCUCGAUGGGAUGCAGCUGCCAAUACAUAUAAUCAAUUCUGAUCAGGUUAAUACACAUCUUGAGUUCAUAACUGAACGGGAAAUGAGCUAAAACAAGCAGGGAGUACCUACACUAACAGAUAGUGUGUUAUAGAUGUAUCUAGUUGUGAGCAGCGCAGCCCUUUCAUAACUGAAUGAAGGCCUCAACAGCCACACCCAUAAUCAUGUCAUUUCCUGCAGCUGGGAUGUCUUUCCCAGGCAGGCAGCCUGCACGUCUCAGACAUGUGGGCCCUGUAGUACUGAGGAGGGCGGGGCAGGAGGUAGUCUCUUACUGCCCAACACCAUGGAACAUUUCCUUGAGAGAAUGUGUGAGGCAGAGAAUGGGCUGAAUGUGGGUUCCAGUGCAUUACUGCAUUCCUGAUCACCCUUUCUGGGUAACAGCAUUCCGUCUGCAGACUAACUUUGAUCCUCCCCUCGAUACACUACACACACACUCUUUCCAAACACCAAUUCGGAGUUAAUAAUAUAUAUCCUCAA